GUGAAAACUGAAAUAACAACAACAAGACUGGUUUGAUUAGUUGAAGCCAACGGUUGGAGUGCAUAGAAUGACAUCAAACAGCCUUGUCUCAUUUUCGACCAGGUUAUAAUUGUAUACUUUCUCCUCCUACAACUGUUUGUCUUUUACUCUGCCAUUAGAGCAGCCAUCUGUGUCUGAUGACAGGUUUGGCUGGCUUCUCUCAGUCUUGUUGCUUUUUUCUUUCUUUCUCAUUGAGUUCUUGUUUUUUUGGUCAUCAACUUCUGGUAAACUGGCAGUUAGUGGGUGAAAUGGGAGCGGUGGGGGGAGUUGUCUGAACUCCCCCUCCCCUCAAACCAGGUCAGGUUAUGCAGAUAUCAUUGUCCCAGCUGUUACUGUCCUUUACUCUUUCUCUCUUUUCUUCUCUCUAUCUCUCUCUCACUAUCUCUUUCUCUUUCUUUCUCUUCCCAUCUCCCUCUCCCCCUCCUCUCUCUCUCUCUCUCUCCUCUUCCCUCUCUCCCUCACCCUGUCACUUUCUAGUCUUGUGAACUACUAAAAAUCUAAAACAACCACAAAUGAAAACCAGUUUGAAUUUUUAGAUCAGAAAGUAAACAAGGAUUACAAUUAAAGCAACAAACAAAAAGAAGGGGAAAAGAAAAUCCUUCUUCCAAUCUUCUGUCUUCCUUCUUGGAAGUUCCCUCCUCCAUGAUGGAACCCAGCAGGGUUCCAGGGAGUUGUGGGACAAUAUUAUCCCAUGAAAAUCCUGGAGGAGGGACGUUACCUUUAAGCGGUUCUGGAUCUGGCACCAGGGAGACAUUACAUGGUGGAGGGACAUUACAAAGGCGUCCGGCGAUUAGAAAGAAAGAUUAUGUUCGGAGCCGAAUAAAGGUUCUUUCGAAAUUGAUUGAGGAUUCUGAAAGUAACAACUGUGAAUGGAUUAAUUACAAUACAAAGCAGGAAGAUGAAGGUUCUUCCGUUGAUUUGACACGGGCUUUGUUGUCCAUCUACGACAAGUUUUUAAAUGUCAAUGAAGACGAUGUACAACAGCAAACAGAAACCUGUUGCACUGACAAAGGCGACCCAGAAUCUAUUUGCCCAGAACCUGCAAUGUACCAAAGUGACCAACAGACCAGUCCAUCAUUACUUUCUUCUUCAUCAUCUUCGCCGCCGCCACCGCCGCCGUCAACGUCUUCUCUUGCUGCUGCAGCUGCUGUUGACGAGCAGCAGAAUGACAAAACUGAUUUCGACCAAACGGAUGCAGCAGCUUCUCACCACACAACCAACCUGUGUGCCGGUGCCACACUUGACAAUGCUGCCUUGGACAGUCGGAAAAGGCCUUUAAGUAUCAGCUCAAUGUCUUCAGCCUCAUCGUCAUCUCUCCCACGACACAGUCGAUACAAACGCUUAAACAUGACCGACACGGAAAUUGUCGUCAACGGAAACAACCAGAAUAUUGUUUCCGGUCCCACGAUUGUCGUGGAUAACACUGACAUGGAGUCGGUGGUUAGUUCCGAGGACUUUAUAGACACUGUUUCAGUUACUUCAUCUUUCGAUGGGGCAGUAAGAGGGUUUGAAGAAGAUCGGACGUCAGCUUCUGACCAAUCAGCAAAUUGUCAGAAGUUGACCAUUGACCAGCAUGAAGGUAUUGAAGAGGAAGAGGAUUCUAUGACAUCGAGUAGUUAUUCAUCCCCAAGUCAUGCACAAGAUGACAACAGGCUGAAAUAUCAGUCAAAUGAGAGAGAGAAAAGUUGUUCUCCAGUACCUACACUCCAUGAACUGACAGACAAUGAAUGUAAACAAUCUCUUCCUGAUGAGGAUGGGGAAGAGGUAACCGAUAUCCAUUCCACUUCUCUGUCUCAUUAUGUUUCUUACACUGAAAGAGUGGUUUCCGAAAUUGUGGAAACAGAACGGACUUAUGUAAAAAGCCUAAAGGAAAUCAAAGAGGGUUACCUUGAAUAUUUGGAUAAAUGUGAUGAUAUGUCAAAGAAUGAACUCAACUCUUUAUUCGGCAACAUUGUAGAAAUUUACACUUUUAGUCAAGAAUUUCUAGAAGAGUUGGAACACAGUAAUGGAGAACCCCUGAAAGUUGCUGAAUGUUUUGUGAAGAACAAAGACAAGUUUGUUAUUUAUGGUAAUUACUGCACCAAUUAUCCAUGUGCUGUAGAAACUCUAACGAAUUGCAUGUCUCAUCAAAAUCUGGCCGACAUCUUCAAACAGCGUCAGUUGAUCCUCAGUCAUGUUCUUCCGUUGGGAGCUUAUUUACUGAAACCAGUGCAGCGUGUACUCAAAUACCAUCUUCUUCUUCAGAACAUCUUAAAACAUUACGAUGAAGAAAGAAUCGGUUAUAAUGUUUUGUGCCAGGCGUUGAACCACAUGACUAGCAUGGCACAACACAUUAACGAAAUGAAACGCAAGCACGAACAUGCAGUACAUGUCCAAGAAAUUCAAAGUCAAUUGUUGGAAUAUGAUGGAGCUGAUCUCACCACAUUAGGAGACCUUGUUUUAGAGGGAUCCUUUCGGCUCUGUGGGACCAAAACGUAUCGACAUGUGUUUUUGUUUGAGAAAGCUGUACUUAUUGCCAAGAAAAAAGAAGAGGGGAUGCUGAGUUGUAAGACCUUUAUUGAGUGUGCUAAUCUGAUGUUGAUUGAAAGUAUUCCAAAGGAACCUCUUAGUUUUCAAGUUAUCCCUUUUGAUAAUCCCAAGUCAAUGCAUACUUUACAGGCAAGGAACAUUGACCAGAAAGUAAAAUGGUGCAAGGAGAUUAAACACUUAAUCUUGGAGAGUUACAAAGGCAAGAUUCCAGAGAAAGUUCGUCAUCUUGUGAUGGAAUUAGGUCGAAGCAAAGAUGAACAAUGUGAGAAGCUUGAAUGUUUGAACACUUUCCAGCUCUUUGAUGUUGCCAACAAUGAGAAUGUUGAUCCUGGUAAACGUCAUGCUAUCAGUGGGCCAGACUACCUUGAGAAACGUGGCCGGGUAAGGCGGAAAUCCAGCAAUCUGAUUCCAGAUUUUACCUUACUUAAACCUCAGCGCCUUCGAAAAGGUUAUCGAAGAACUGGUACACUGAUCAACCGCAGAAGGGGCCAGACAAAUGUUACACCAACUGUGGAUCCUGAUUCUGUUUUUGAUGACAAAUAUGACAGUAAUAAUUCUCUUCCAAGAAAGGACAGUGACACGUACAAGCGUGCAAUGAGUUUUCGAAUUGCUAACAUAGAAAAUCCCAUUAAUAUCCCUGAUCCACCAAAAGGCGAACUUGCAAAAAAUACUGAACUGCUCAGCAGUGUACAAAGUACACCAGCUCGGCUGCACAGCCAGUCAAGUGUUACAUCUGAACAACCAUCUGAAGAUGGCGAAACAGAGUUGAAUACCAAAUAUUCCAGCAUGCCCUCACUGUCUGAGAGAAGGCAUAGACUAUUACAUGGCUCAGACGCAUCUUCUGUUCAGUCACUUGUACAAACUUGUCAACAAACUCAGGGUAAAUGUGAUAAAGGUCCAUCAACCUCUACUAAAGCUGCUAUAAAUCAAGGAAAACCAAUUAAGAAAUCUUUCAAGAAUGUUCUUCCUCUUUUACGCCAAGCUAAGAAGUCUGGACUUUUGCCUAAUAUUCCAUUCAAACAAGUGCAAGAAACUGGAGGUAAAACUCGUCGCUCUUCAGAUCCUCCCAAAUCACAAGCAGAUCCUUGGAUCAAAAACGCAAUACAGCCCAGCUGCAGUCAAAUUGAGGUUUCUACUUAUUCCAAUCGAAGAUCUCAACUAGAAAGCCCAAAUUAUAAGAAUCUAUCUCGAGAGAGCUUGGAUUGGCUUGUUUACUUAAACCGAAGUUCUCUACCCCCAAAUAAAUAUCUCCCGUCUGUUUUGAAAGGCCAAAAUGGCAGCCAGUCAUCUUAUCAAGACAUGCCCCGCUAUGCUACAUUUCCAAGAGGUAUGUCUUCCCCAGCAGAAAUGUCCAAAUCCUACUCCCAGCAAUCUGUUGAAGACAAUGAUUUAUCUUUCAUGACUGGGUCAGUGUCGGCCCCAUUGAUUAGGCGUAUGUCUUACCAACAUGACCUCAUUCCUCCAACAUCACCUGAACAAAUAGCUGAAAGUGAACGGAUGUUAAAGGAAAUGGAAGAUUACAUGAGAAAGGAAAAUAAUGACAAUAAAAUGGCCAAGUUUCCUAUGCAAGCAUUGUCCUCAGCAGCAGACAAUUCUGAUAAAGAUGACGUUCCACAGCAGACACUUAGCAGACAAGCAUCACAGACAUCAAUCCUCUCUGAUUCUUCACACAGUAGCUAUGAAAGUAAUCUGGGAUCCAAUGAAAGUCUUGUGUCAAGAAUCCAAAGUUUCCCUGCUCGUGUUGCAAGCUGGAAGGCUGCCAUGGCAAAAACUUCACCCUCUGUCUCCACAUCCUCAUCAUUCCCCACUAAGAAACUUGUUUCAUCAAUAUCUCUACCCUCCUCCCCACUUCCACAAGAUGAUAAUGUAUCAUUUUCUCAUUAUUUUGAUUCUGACAAGAAUUAUUCUUCUUCUCCUCCACCAUAUCUAGAAACUAGAAUUAGUUGCUCAUCACCAACAGAUGGCUCUGUCUCUAGAAACAGCGCAUCACCUCUCACAUUUUAUCCGCCUUCCCCUCGGAUAAGCAAUGCCUCAGCAUCUCUUCGUUCUUCUCCUGUUUUCGAUUCUAGUUCUACAUCUUCACCUUCAGAGAAAGCAGCUGAAUCUGCCAUUAAUUAUCCCCGUAGAAGUCUAACUCAUUUAGCCCCCUCAUAUACGUGGUCAGGAGCUUAUAACAGACACAUGUUUGCUGAGCCGUAUCGUUCACCAAUCAAAAAGCACUGUGUCACUAAUUCCCCUCCCCCACGGCGUAAAAUGGGCAGUGCCUUAGUUCUUCCAAUAUUCUCAUCGCCUACAAUCCGUCGUUCCCCUUCACCUCAGCCAUCAAAUUCUGGUAGUAUUGAACCAUUAAUAGAAGUUCCUUCUCCCCAAAACCAUGAAGAAUUUGAUGAAUCCGUUGAAGAUUCUCUCUCCUCAACCACAGAAACAGAAACUCCUACAAUUUCCCAAACAACUGUCAUUGCCGAAGAGAACGAACCUUUGUCUGCAGAUAGCUGUGACUCACCCACAGAAAACUCAGUAGAGGAGUAUCCAGUAACAUCACCCAUUAGUAACCCACCAAAUGAAACUUUAGAGGAGAAAGUUGAUCUUUCUGCAAAUGAUCAAUUCUCAUCAGAACCUAAUACACCUUUACCUCCUGCAAUUCUUCAAGACAGCAAUGCUCCUAUUAAAGAUGAUGUUAAUUGGUUUUCUUGCGAAACAUCUGAUCAGCACAAAUUGUUUUCUCCUGGCAGUUCUCUGCCCUGUCUUAAUAAUCAUUCUUCUGAUAGUUUCCAUUUGUCAGUUCCAGCUUGUAAAAGUAAUUCCAGUAGUUUGAGCAGAUUAAAUGAAGUAGAUUUAAAGCGGUUUAAUUCUUUGCAAAAUUGUUCGGCAAUGAAUUUUGAUAGGCGAGUCAAACAUCAUAACUUAAAACUUGAACGCAAUUUGAGUUUAGCUUCCUUACUCGAUAGUCAGCAUGGCAUCAAGAAUCAGAGAAACCAAAGAAAGAAAUAUGAACGUUGGAAUUCACUCAAUGCUCUUCCUAACCCAACAUCGUUGAAUACACCAGACAUUUCAUUGUGGCAACAACAAGAGCAAGAUGAUAUUUUUAAGAAGUCUUCUGGAUCUCAUGGAAACCUCAAUGAUGUGUCUGGUAAAGAACUAAAGAGAGAUCUGUGUCUGACGCCAUCGGACUCAGCUCUUUCAAUGCAAAGUGAAAAUCUUGGGCAAGUUUCAAAGAACCAAGAUCAUUUCUCCAUCAUCCGACACAGUACUUCUGAGUGUUCUUCUCUUUCUUUAGACACUCUUGAUUCCACUGACAUGUGUAGGGACUCUGCAAUUUAUUGUGAUAUUGAACUGGAAGCAAGCCCUGUCCUGGAGUGUCCAUUACCACCAAAAUCUUCCAUUAAAGAGUAUGUUCAGUAUUUAGAAGAAAAAAACAAAGCCGACAGUUCCCCUAAAGUGAAAGGAAUGAAAAAAAGAGCACCAAGCCAGAUGAUUCGGCAGCGUCUGCACAGUCUGCAAGAGAAUUCCAAGUACAAGACUUCUCGAGCCAAAAAAGAACCAGAAGAAUGUAAGGAACUCUCAAAAGUAAGUGUAUCUGUGAAAGAGAACAAGCUUUUGCUAAGUUCUAAAAAACCGACUUGUGUAAAGGAUGAUAGUUGCAAAGAACUUUAUAAAAUUUGUUCCCGUUUACCAAUGGAUUCCGACAUGGGCCGAGGUGCACAUUCGUUAGGUAGCCUUGAUCAACUGAAAUGUAAUUCCAAUUACCAAGUAAAUUCAAGAGGGUGGGUCAAAAAGCUAGUAAUCAAAUUCCAAGCUGACCAAUAAUAGAGUCCAGAUGUGAUAAACCUAAAUAAGUCUUUUGUUUUUUUUUUAAACCCUCUCUCCCCCCUUUCCCAAUAACGGAGCACUUCUGGGUGCUGAGCUUGUAUGUUAAACCUGUUCUGUUGAAUUUAGAUGUACUUUAUAAAAAAAAUAAAGAUGGAAACUUG